AUGGUGCAGGAACAACCCAGACCGUCCAGAUCCCGGGAUCUAUUUGACCGAGCAUGCAAGACCAUACCCUCCGGCGUAAACAGCCCGGUCAGGUACUUUGAGCCGCACCCAGUAUUCAUUACAAGAUCCCAGGGAGCAUACAUCUGGGAUGUCGACGGGAACCGACUUACGGACCUCUGCUGCGGCUACGGGGCUCUGCUGCUGGGGCACCGGAGGCAGGAGAUCAUCUCUGCGGUGUCAGAGCAGCUCCUGCGGGGCACCCUGUACUGCUCGCCCACCAGCGAGGAGACAGAUCUGGCGGAGCUCAUCACCGGAAACUUUCCGUCGAUGGACAAGGUAAGGCUGGUAAAUACGGGCUCUGAGGCCACUAUGACUGCCAUACGACUGGCUCGGGGAUUCACAAAGAGAAGAAAGAUAAUCAAGUUCGAGGGGGGCUACCACGGGGCCCACGACUCGGUUCUGGUCAGUGCGGGAUCCGGCCAGGCCCACCACGGGAUCUCCACAUCCGAAGGAGGCCUGGAGGAGGUGUCGCAGAACACGCUGGUGGCAAGGUACAACGACCCGUCAGGCCUGGAAGAGACGAUCAGACAGGACGGGGAUGUCGCUGGGGUGAUAAUCGAGCCGGUAAUGGCAAACAUGGGACUGAUACUGCCGCAGGAUGGCUUUCUGCAGCAGGUAAGAAGGAUCACGCAAAAGAACGAUAUCCCGCUGAUCUUUGACGAGGUGGUGACGGGGUUUCGCGUCUCCCCGGGAGGGGCGCAGCAGCACUACGGCGUGAAGCCAGACAUCACAACCCUUGCAAAGGCGCUGGGCGGCGGUUUUGCCAUUGCGGCAGUUGGCGGAAGGCGCGAGAUCAUGGACAACCUGACCCCUGGUGGGAGGGUCUACCAGGCAAGCACGUUUGCCGGAAACCCCGUUGCGGUAAGUGCCGCCAUCAGUUCCGUUAGGACGAUAAACCGGAUCAAGGAUCAGAUAUACCCGCAUCUGGAGCUGCAGUGCGCCGGCCUGUCCCGCGCAGUAGCUGACCUGGCAUCAGACAUGGGCAUUGACGCCCAGAUAAACCACCUUUCGUCCAUGAUGCAGAUCUUCUUUACGUCUGAGCCCGUCACAGAUUAUGACUCUGCCAAGAGAUCCGAUGCCGCCAGAUUCGGAAGACUCUUUGCGGAGCUGCUCAAAAACGGCGUCUUUGUGGCGCCCUCGCAGUUUGAGGUGGUGUUUCUGUCCAGCGCCCACAGUGGGGAGGAUCUGGAUCAUGUCCUUGACGCCUACCGUCUGGCUCUCGGAGCGAUAAGAGAUUGA